CACUUCCGGCCUGCCCUGCCCCGCGUCUCCCGUCUUCUCCUUCCGUCCUCCAUCUCCGGCUGUAGAGGACACGGGCCGUCUCGGGAUGUUGGCUGCUAGGGCAUUCAGCCUUAUUGGCAGGCGUGUUUUGUCCACUUCUGUUUGUGCAAGAACCCAUGGACAUGAAGUUACAAAAGCACCACAUUAUACUCAGCCCGUAUAUGAGGACUACCCUCUUAUUCCUUUGCCGGAUAUUCCGUUUAUACAAGACCUGAGCGCGGAGCAAAAAGCUCUGAAAGAGAAAGAGAAGGGCUCUUGGGCCGCCCUUUCCCCGGAUGAGAAGAUUGCUCUCUACCACCUCAAAUUUGACAAAACAUUUGCUGAAAUGCUGAAGCCAUCGAAUAACUGGAAGACUGCGAUCGGUUUAGCUGGCUACAUGGUUGGCCUUGCGGCUUUCUUUUUCAUUUGGGAGGUCCUAUACGUCCUGAAACCAGUCCCCCACACUUUAUCAGAGGAUUGGAAGGCCAUGGAGCUCCAGAAGCAUCUGGAUAUGAAACCGGACCCAAUUACCGGCCUUUGCUCCAAGUGGGAUUAUGAGAAGAAAGAAUGGAAAAAAUAAAAGCCUUCAGGAGCCCCGACCUUCUCUCGGGGGGGUGAAAGUCUGAAACCAUUUCUUCAUCUCUAGGUUGUUGCCCUGCUUCUGCCUAUGAUGACAUAGAAUCCUAUCCUUCCUUAAAGCAUAACAAUUUAUGUACCUGGAAAUGUUGAACUGUUCUUACAGGUUAAUGUGCAGAAUUGCUCCUAAACUAAAUCCUGUUCGCAUUUUGUUUUUGGGUUUUUUUUGCAGGAAGAUUAAAAAUUACAGUAAACAAAAAA